AUGGCUGCUUUUGGACACACAUUCCCCUUCUACGCCGGUCCCAAGCCGACCUUCCCAACGGACACCACAUUGGCCGUCAUCGUCGCCAUCUUUCUGACUUCACUGGUCACCUUCAUCAUCAUCCUGCCAGGCAUUCGGGGCAAGAUGAGGCUGUUCUGGAUGCUGCGGGUAGUGACCAGCUUAUUCAUCGGAGCUGUGAUCCUCGCCGUGAAUUUCAGUUCUGAGUGGUCUGUGGGCCAGGUGAGCACCAACACGUCCUACAAGGCCUUCAGUUCCCAGUGGAUCAGCGCCAACGUUGGGCUGCAGAUUGGGCUGGGAGGCGUCAACAUCACACUCACAGGGACCCCAGUGCAGCAGCUGAACGAGACCAUUGAUUACAAUGAGGAGUUCACCUGGCGCCUGGGGGAGAACUACGCUGAGGAGUAUGCCAAUGCACUGGAGAAGGGGCUGCCAGACCCCCUGCUCUACCUGGCUGAGAAGUUCACCCCACACAGUCCCUGUGGCCUGCAUGGCCAGUACCGCCUGGCAGGACACUACACCUCGGCUAUGCUGUGGGUGGCAUUCCUCUGCUGGCUGCUGGCCAAUGUGAUGCUGUCCAUGCCUGUGCUGGUCUAUGGUGGCCACAUGCUGCUGGCCACGGGCCUUUUCCAGCUGUUGGGACUGCUCUUCUUCUCCACGGCCACAUCCCUCACCCCGCCCUGUCCCCUGCGCCUGGGUGCCGCCACACUGCACACUCACCGUGGGCCUGCCUACUGGAUCACGUUGACCACAGGACUGCUGUGUGUGCUGCUGGGUCUGGCCAUGGUGGUGGCUCACAGGAUGCAGCCCCACAGGCUGAAGGCUUUCUUCAGCCAGAGUGUGGGGGAGGACCCUGUGCUGGAGUUGAAUCCCGAGGAAGGGGGACUCCUGAGCCCUCGCUACCGGUCCAUCACUGAGAGUCCCGAGCCCCAGGACAUCGCUCUGUCAGAGGCUUCCUCCGAGGCCCCCUGCGAGGAGCCUGACUGUGCCCUGUAA